AUGAAUGUAUCAAAAUGUUACCUUCAAAGAAAGUAUCCUGAUUGUACAUUUAUUCCAAAAAAUAUAACAAUCGAUAUUCCUGAAGAAGGUAAAACGUGCCUUCAAGAUUUUGUUAUAUGUCUUGGUGAAUUAAAAACUUCAACGACUCCCAUAGACAAUGAAGAAGCCAAAGGUCAAACACUGUACUAUUUGAAAAUCUUAUUAGAAGUUCAAGAUCGUAAGAAAGCCUAUGGUUUUUUAACAAAUAUUACGCAUAUGAGUAAUUUUAUAUUAUAUCAAAAUGAAUUACAACCUAUAAAAGUCUUAAAAUUAAAUCAAUCAAAACAACUUAUUGAUAUAAUUCAAUAUUUAUAUGAUUGUCAUAUAUAA